CGUGACUUUCAGUCCUGCUGCGCCAGACGACACACAUCCAGCUUGAGGAAUUCGAGGUUUCCUCUCGUACUUGGAGUUUAGUGCUACUACAUCGACAACACACCGAAGUCAAUCAGCAAAUCCGACAUUCACCAUGGCUACUGAGUUGACCGUCCAGGCCGAGCGUGCUUACCAGAAGCAACCCCAUAUCUUCCUUAACUCGAAGACCCGUGGAAAGAAGUCGACCAAGCGUUGGUACAAGGAGGUUGGUCUUGGAUUCAAGACCCCCAAGGAGGCUAUCCAGGGACAUUACAUUGACAAGAAGUGCCCCUUCGUUGGUCUCGUUUCCAUCCGUGGUCGUAUCCUUACCGGUACCGUCGUCUCCACCAAGAUGCACCGUACUUUGAUCAUAAGACGUGACUACCUUCACUACAUCCCCAAGUACAACAGAUACGAGAAGCGUCACAAGAACGUCGCCGCUCACGUCUCGCCUGCUUUCCGUGUUAACGAGGGUGACUCGGUCACCGUUGGCCAGUGCCGACCCAUCUCCAAGACUGUUCGAUUCAACGUCCUCCGCGUCAACAGCACUGAGGGUGGCAAGAAGCAGUUUGCUAAGUUCUAAAUGCUUUUUUGAAUAUAAAAAGUUUUAUGGGUUAUAUAGUUCUUUGUUUUGUGGCAUGUGUGACAAAAUGUAAUGUACAAUUAUUCUAAAUUAC